AUGUGUUCACUUAAGAGUGUUGUUUUAAGGAAAUUUAUUUCUCAAAGAUGUUUUCACACCACACAAAUACGAAUGAUAGAUCCAAAGACUGUUGAAGAAAUUAAAAUUCCAGUACCUUGGGGUCACAUUGCAGGUAAAUGGUGGAGAAAAAAUGAAGAACAGCCGGUAUUAGCUUUGCAUGGAUUAUUCGAUAAUGCCGCUACCUUCGAUAGACUGAUGCCUUUGUUAAAUGAAAAUAUUUCAGUUUUAGCUUUGGACAUGCCAGGCUUCGGUAAAUCAUCGAAUCCUCCUGCCGGCAUGUCUCCUAAUUAUUUAGAACUGAUCAUAUGGAUGCGUUACCUGAUAAAGGAUUAUUUCAAAUGGAAGAAAGCCAAUUUGCUUGGCCAUUCCUUCGGAAGUAAUCUGUCCUUUUCAUAUUCAGGAAUGUUUCCAGACGAUGUUGAAAAAUUUAUCAGCAUUGAUUGUAGUAGAUUCAAUAUGGCUUCAAAGCCUGAGUACUUACUUGAUGAUCUAAAAAGAGGUUAUAUGGGCGGAGUCUUGAAGACACUUGGAAUUCCUUAUGAGGGAAAUUAUCAGCAACACUUGGAUCACAUGUAUAACAGUAGAGCAAAAACUCCUUUCAAGUUAUCUAAACAAUUUUGUGAACUUUUUCUUUCAAGAGACUUGGAAAAAAUUUCUGAGGAUGUUUAUAGAAAUACGACUGAUCCGAGGCCUCAUCUGAAGUACAUGGGCAGGCCGACUACUUCGUUUUUAGAUGCUUUAGCUGGACAAAUCAAGUGUCAAAUGCUAGUUAUAAGGGCUACCGGAGGGGUUUUAGUGAAGCAUCGUAAGGAAAUGCUUGAGAAACAGUUAUCUAUAAUUUCUCAGCAUUCUCCAAGGCUUGUUUGUCAAGUUGUCGAAGGUGGACAUCAUGUACAUUUGGAAAACCCUGAAAGAGUUGCACCAAUAAUUAAUAAAUUUUUUGAAACCUAUGACUGA